AAAUCCCACAGGCCCACCCUCGAGGCUCCCACACUGGCUGGGGCAAUGGAUGUGGACCCAGGCAGUGCUCUCUGGAGGGAUAAGGGGGGUCACUCAGACAUUGCAGGAGUCCCCAGGUGGGAGGGGCCAACCUGAGUUCGGGGUGAGUACAGGAGUGACGAGUACAUGGAGGACAAGUGGUCCAGGUAGUGGGAGUCUGCCUUGAUGGAAGGCCUUGACCACAGGAGUCUGGAAGGAUGUGAGGCCGGGGGCAGGCCCUCCAGUGUUGGACUAAGGGGCUGUGACCUUGUCCUGCGGGUGCUGGGGAGGAGCAGGGUCAGCUUGGGGGACCGGAGGCCCCCCCCACCCCGGGACGAUGGUCCAGGGCAGCACCGUCCAUCAGAAAUAUGAGCUGAGCCAUGUGUAUAAUUUCAAAUUUUGUAUGAGCCACAUUAAAAAAGUAAAAAGGAAACAGAUGAAAUUCACUUUCACCUUAUAUUUUAUUUAGCCAGCAGAAAUAAAUGUCAUCAUUUCAACAUUUAAGCAACUUCAGAUUGCUCAUGAGACAGUUUACAUCCUCCCUUUUUGUGCUGUCUUAAAAAUCCGGUGUGGGUUUCGCACUUGUGGCACCCCUCACCUUGGAUCAGUUGCAUCGCGAGUGCUCCCUAGUCACGUGUGGCUGAUGGCUCCUGUGUUGGACAGGGCAGGCCCGAGAGGAGAGACCGGGGCUAUGGGGACAGGGUGGGGACAAGGGAUGGGACCAGGGGCCUGAGGACAGGGCCUGGAGAUCUGGGUGGGGAGACGUCCUGGGGAAGUGGGGGGCCGGGGGCAAGACGUGGAGCUCAUCUGGGGUCAGGUGGAGAGGAGGGAUGGGGGUGGAGUCCAGGGCCUGGUGGACACACGGGGCUGGAUGCGGACGGCGACGUCAGCUAAGCCUCAGCCCCCUCUGUCCUGCUCUGCCCCGCAGGGCGCGGAUGGCGUCGGGGCGCCCCGAGGAGCUGUGGGAGGCCGUGGUGGGGGCUGCCGAGCGCUUCCGGGCCCGGACGGGCACAGAGCUGGUGCUGCUGACGGCUGCGCCGCCCCCGCCACCCCGCCCGGGCCCCUGUGCCUAUGCAGCCCACGGUCGGGGGGCCCUGGCCGAGGCUGCCCGCCGCUGCCUCCACGACAUCGCCCUGGCCCACCGGGCUGCCGCCGCCGCCCGGCCCCCUGUGCCCCCACCAGCACCGCAGCCGCCCAGCCCCGCACGGAGCCCACCCCGGCCUGCCCUGGCCAGGGAGGAAGACGAGGAGGAUGAGGAGGAGCCGACAGAGACAGAGACCUCUGGGGAGCCGCUGGGCAUCAGCGAUAACGGAGGACUCUUUGUGAUGGACGAGGACACCACGCUCCAGGACCUGCCCCCCUUCUGCGAGUCAGACCCUGAGAGCACGGACGACGGCAGCCUGAGCGAGGAGACCCCCGCUGGCCCCUCAGCCUACUCAGUGCCCCCAGCCUCGGCCCUGCCCACACAGCAGUAUGCCAAGUCCCUGCCCGUGUCCGUGCCCGUCUGGGCCUUCAAGGAAAAGAGGACAGAAGCUCGGUCAUCCGAUGAGGAGAACGGGCCGCCCUCCUCGCCGGACCUAGACCGUAUCGCGGCGAGCAUGCGCGCGCUGGUGCUGCGGGAGGCUGAGGACACGCAGGUCUUCGGGGACCUGCCCCGGCCACGGCUCAACACCAGCGACUUCCAGAAGCUGAAGCGGAAAUACUGAGGCCCUGGGAGCUUCCCGGACCGGCGUCCGCCCCACCCCACACUACACCCCUGCCCUGCCCCCGGGGCCCGCCAAUCCGAGUCAGUUCCCAGACCCGCCUCCCGGGCCACCAGGAUUGACUAGACCUUGCCAAUCCCCGCCGCCCUUCUAGUCCACGACCGCUCCCGCGCCGAUGAGCGGAGCCUGUACAGGUUCCCGAUUGGGUCUGUCUGCUCCCUGCCCAGCGACAGAUUCUUUCUAUUUAGGGAUUGUCUCGCUCCCGGAUCGGGGCGUGGCUAGUUGACCUGUUAGGUCUUUUUCUGCCUAGCAACAAGGGCUUUGCUCGCACGGCGUUGGCUCCGUUCCCGAAAGAGCACAGUCAAACUCCAGGAUUGGGCAGUGGCCUCCACCUCUGCAUAGGGAAUGGAGAGCUCCUUCAUUUGAUUGGCUCGAACACUGUAAAGGGCUUGACCAAUUUCCCGAGAGACCCAUCACCCUUCCUGAGUUCCCCCACCUGAUUGGCUCCGCUUCUGGGGGCGCGGCCAACCCUCUUCCUGUGCCCAGGAUUGGCCUGUGGCCUUAAAUUUACGGUCUUUACACUACUGGGGCUGGGGUCGUUUUUUGCCGCAGUCCUGACAAUUGUCCCUCUGGCCCCCUCAGGGAUGGCCCGAUCCUGUUCCUGCGUCUGACACUCUCUCAUUGGUUCCAUCCCACGACAGCCUGCCAAUCAAACCCGUCCUUCCCUCCAGGACGUUACCAGCUCCCGCCCCUCCCCCCACCCCCACAGGUGCCUUAAAGGGCCCUCGUCCACCCAAGGUUGGGGGCAGGGGGCCUCACUCUCCGGCCCUGGUGUGGGGGAGAGAGUGUGGGUUGGGGAUCGGGACUUGGGAGGGGCGCUCUGAGAUUAAAGAGUUUUACCUCUGA